AUGUCUACAAUCGCUCUCCUCCGGACUGCUUCAUGGCGUAGCGUAUACAUUGAGCGCUGCGUAGGGGCGCACAAGCCUACCUUGUCCCGAGGCCGUGCCCUGUACCGGGCUUCUGGUUGGUCGGCGCGACCAUUUCUCAGCUGCUUCUCUGUGUUCUCGCCUUUGAAGGCGAAUGAAGACCAAAAGGGGCCUGCGCAGAAGUUCAAAGCCUUGGCCACCCUCAGGGAGAACAUUUAUACAAUCCCCAAUAUCUUGACCGUGUCUCGUAUCCUUGCAUGUCCUGUUCUCGGCUGGGCCAUCGUGCACGACAACUUCCACUUCGCCACCGCUCUGCUCGUUUAUGCCGGUCUGACAGAUACGGUGGACGGCUACAUUGCCCGCAGAUACAAAAUGACCUCCGUACUGGGAACCGUCCUGGACCCAGCGGCAGACAAGACCUUGAUGACAACCUUGACACUUACACUGGCCUACAAGGGGAUGAUCCCACUACCCCUCGCGGCGGUCAUUUUCGGGAGGGACGUCCUCCUGAGCCUCGCUGCAUUUUACAUUCGUUAUACCUCGCUGCCGCACCCAAAAACAUUCACGCGCUACUGGGAUAUGUCAAUACCGUCCGCUGAGGUACAUCCCACGCGAAUAAGCAAGAUUAAUACCUUGCUCCAGUUAUCUCUCAUGGCACUAACGACGGUGAGUCCCGUGCUGCCGGUGGACUUGGGUCCUACGCUGCAGGCUUUCCAGUGGGUCGUAGCCACCACUACCAUAUGGAGCGGAGCAUCCUACCUAUUCACAAAGGAUGCAGUCCGCAUCAUCUCUGCAAAACGAAAGCCGCCUUCAUAG